AUGGGAGUGCUAAGGUUCAAGCAUACCUUCCUUAGGAGUUUCCUUGGGUCCGUUGCAGCAUCCCAGGCAGUGUUCACCUUCCUUCUGAUUUCAUGUUGCUUGACUCUGGACUUCAGAGCACCCCCUCUUAUCCCAGACACCCCUUUCCUCUGGGGCUGGAAUGUCCCAACUGAACUUUGUUUUGCAACAUUUAAUGUGCCUCUAGAUCUGAGACUCUUCUCUUUGAUGGGAAGCCCCCGAAAAGAUGCCAAAGAUCAAGACAUUACAUUAUUUUAUGCUGACAGACUUGGCUACUACCCUUAUAUAGAUGAAGCAACUGGCAGAAAUGUGAAUGAAGGAAUCCCCCAAUUGGGAUCCUUAAAAAAUCAUCUAGACAAAGCUACGGACAACAUUUUCUACUACAUUCAAACAGACAAGGUGGGCUUGGCUGUCAUUGACUGGGAAAACUGGAGGCCUCUCUGGGCAAGAAACUGGAAGCCUAAAGAUAUUUAUAGGAAUCAGUCUAUUGAAUUGGUUCAGCAAAAAAAUGUAAAGCUUAAUGUUGCAGAGGCUACCAAGAUAGCCAAAACAGAUUUUGAAAAGGCAGCAAAGAGUUUCAUGCAAGAGACUUUAAAGUUGGGAAAAUUACUUCGGCCAAAUCACUUGUGGGGUUAUUACCUUUUCCCUGAUUGUUAUAAUAAUGAUUAUAAUAACCCCAAUUACAAUGGAAGUUGCUUAGAUAUUGAGAAGAGCAGAAAUGAUGAGCUCAACUGGUUGUGGAAGGAAAGCACUGCCCUUUUUCCAUCCAUAUAUUUGAAUAGCAAAUUAAAGUCUCCUCAGAAAGCUACACUCUAUGUCCGUAAUCGUGUACAGGAAGCCAUUCGGAUUUCUAAAGUACCCAGUGCUAAAAGCCCACUUCCGGUUUUUGUAUAUGCCCGUCCUGUUUUUACUGAUGUGUCUUUGAAAUACCUAACUCAGGAUGACCUUGUGAAUACACUUGGUGAGAGUGUUGCUCUAGGUGCCUCUGGAUCUAUAAUUUGGGGAAGCCUCAAUUUCAGCCUCAGUAAGCAAUCGUGCAUGAACCUAGACAAUUACAUGAGGACUACACUGAAUCCUUACUUAAUCAAUGUCACCCUAGCAGCCAAAAUGUGUAACCAAGUGCUGUGCCAGGAUCAAGGAGUAUGUAUAAGGAAACACUGGAAUUCAAGUUACUACCUUCACCUGAACCCAGUGAAUUUUGCUAUUCAAACUGGAAAAGGUGGAACAUAUGCAGUACGUGGGAAUCCCACACUUGAAGACCUGAAGCAAUUUUCUGAAAGAUUUCAUUGCAGCUGUUUUGCCCACAUUAACUGUAAGGAGAGAGUUGACCUAAGAAAAAUUCGUAAGAUUAAUGUCUGUGCUACUGAAGAUGUUUGUAUAAAAUGCCCUUCUAAAAGCAGAACCAGGUGGUCAGCCUUCUAAGUUGGAUAUUUUCUUCAGAGAAAAGUAAAAAUAUGAA